AUGACACAAGAAGAGGAUAAGAAAAAGCCAACCCGGUCGCUUGAAGAAUGUCUGAAAAUUUUCAAAAGUCUGCAGGAUGGCCCUUCUUUGUUAACGGAUGAAGAAGUUAUUUCACUUGUUAAAGCUAAACACAUUCCAGCAUAUAAACUAGAAUGUUUAGGAGAUCCAGAAAGAGGUGUGGUUGUCCGAAGAAAGUUGAUUUCCUUUGAUUUAUCCAACACAGAAGCUUUAGAGAGUUUACCAUACUCUGGCUAUGAUUAUCGGCAGAUUAUUGGAGCAUGUUGUGAAAAUGUUAUUGGUUAUAUACUUCCUGUGGGUGUGGCUGGUCCACUUCUACUAGAUAGCUGUCAGUAUUAUGUACCUAUGUCUACUACUGAGGGCUGUCUUGUAGCCAGUACAAACAGAGGUUGUAGAGCAAUAACUAGUGCUGGUGGUGUUACUAGUCAAAUUGUGGGUGAUGGUAUGACUCGAGGACCAGUUAUCAGAAUGCCAUGUGCAUCAAAAGCCAGCUCUCUUAAACUGUGGUUGGAUGAUUCUAGUCACUUUCCAGAGCUAGCUGAGGUAUUCAAUUCUACCAGUAAAUAUGCUAAAUUGAAGUCUGUCCACACUGCUGUUGGAAGAUUAAUAUAUGUUAGGUUCCGUGCUGAUACUGGAGAUGCUAUGGGAAUGAAUAUGUUGUCAAAGGGUGUUGAGAAUUCCUUGAGGUUUCUUCAGAAGCAGUUUCCAGAGUUAGAAGUAAUUAGUCUUAGUGGUAAUUAUUGUACAGACAAGAAACCUUCUGCUAUUAAUUGGAUAGAAGGUCGUGGUAAAUAUGUUGUGUGUGAUGCAACAAUACCCGCUCAAGUAGUAGAAAAUGUUCUCAAAACUUCAGUAGAUGCUCUCAUUGAUGUUAAUACCAAUAAGAACCUUGUAGGGUCAGCAAUGGCAGGCUCAAUUGGUGGUUUCAACGCACAUGCUGCCAACAUAGUUACUGCCAUUUUUAUUGCAACUGGUCGGGACCCUGCUCAAGUAGUUGGUAGCUCCAAUUGUAUCACACUUAUGGAGAGAGGAGGACCUUAUAAUAAAGAUUUAUAUAUUAGCUGUACUAUGCCAUCAUUGGAAGUAGGAACUGUAGGAGGAGGUACAUUCUUACAUGCACAGGCAGCCUGUCUUGAAAUCUUAGGUGUUCAUGGCCCAUCCCUCAAAGACAAACCAGGUGACAAUGCAGGACUAUUAGCUCGUAUCAUUUGUGGGACAGUGUUGUCUGGUGAACUCUCUCUUGUUUCUGCUCUUGCUGCAGGUCACUUAGUAAAAGUCAUUUAA